AUGAGGGGAUUUCACAAGAGCCUCAAGGCUUCGCAGGAGAAGAUGGGCGCCGCACUGAACGCCGCGGCGGCGUCCGCCAGCGACAGCAUCAACAGCCAGCUCCCGCCGGGGUACAGGCUGCGCGGGGCGUCCGUCGCCAACGCCUCGUCGCACGAGUUCAAGUACGGCGACCGCGUUCCCACGUAUCGCGGCCCGGGCCAGGUGCCGGAACCCGCCCACCUGAGGCGAGGCGACGACGGCGUCGCCGAGCCCGAGACGCACCUCCUCAUCGGCGUCGAGCACGCGGACGGGCUCUGCCACAGGUCCGCCUUCGUCGCCAUCCGCGUGGUGUCGCAGUUUGGCGAUCUCAAGGGCGUCCGAGCGCACACCCUGUCCGCGUCGGCGGGCGACGGAGGCGAGAAGGUCGGAUCGCGGAUCACGUGGCGCGCGACGCGCGACCUGCGAUGCGCGCCAAGACCCGGGGACGUUUUAGUCCUCGAGGUUUACGCCGGUUGGGACGUCACCGAGCGGUCCAACGCGUGGGAACGAUGCGUGGCUCGAGCGCAGUGCUCGCUCAGCGCCGUCGCGGAGGACGGAUCGACGCAACUGACGCUGCACAGGCGUUUGGAGCGCGGCCGAGGCACCGGCGGAUUGAACGGCGGCGUCGCGGGAGUCAUCACCCUGCGCAGGGUGCCGCACACCGACGCGGGGGUCGCGGACGCUUUGUCGGGGGUGGACCUCGGGGUCCCCUUGCCGACGCGCAAAAAACGAUUGUUCCUCGUGCGACACGGCGAGAGCGCGUGGAACGAAGCCACGCGGAACACGAACCUGAUGAAGAUGAUGAAGUUCGACCACCCGCUGAACGCGGCGGGGGUUGCGCAGUGCCAGAGGCUGGCCGCGAACGGCGCGCACGCCAUCGAGCUGGCCACGGCGGCGGCGGGUGGUCGCGUGGCGGGCGAAGUUUGGAGCGGCCGGGGGAGGGAGGGCCGAUCGAGAGGAGCCACCGGCGCCGAGGUCGCCUUCGCGUCCGCCUCUUCGCAGAUUCGCGACGUCGACGGCUCCGACGUUAACGCCCUGCUGGCCCGGAACAUGAACCUCGGCGACGCGCGCGUCGGGCUGGGACCGCGCGGAGUUAACGUCGACUGGAGCGUCUUGCGAUCGGAGGAGGCGUUCAUGGCUGCGGCGCGGGGAACCGCAGACGGCGGCGGCGGGGCGUUCAUCGCGGGCGACGCACCCGUCGGCGGCGUCGUGUUGACGUCCGCGGCGGGCGACGGGGGCCGGUACUCCGCGGGGGUUGCCACGGCGUACGUCGGAACGUCCAACUUCGGCACGUGCGAAGAUGCGGAUUAUCCGGAGUGGAUCGCUUCGUACGCGAGGUGUAAAAAGUGUUUCGUCUCGCCGCUCACGCGCGCGGUGCAGACGGCGGCGUUCGUGGUGCAGCAGCUGCCGACGCGGGACUUCGCCGGGACGACGCUGUUGCGGUCGUGCCGCGAGGUGAAGGGGACGAUGGGGAGCAUGGACUGCGUGGGAAUCUCAUCCGGGACGGCGAUUGUGGAGCGAUGCGCGCAAAAGCUCAAGGAGCUCGUGGGUUCGAUACCCGGCGGUGUCGCCGACGUCGUGAUGGCGUCCAUCGAACGCAGGAUGGAUCACAACGACGCGGUCGGGCAGUGGUGGACGGGACGGGAGGACAUCGACAGCAAGGAGGAGAUCGACGAGCGAAUGACGGAUUUUUUCGACUCGAUGCGUUUCGACCCGAGCGACGUGUGCGUAGUGGUGACGCACUCGCUGUUCAUACGGGAGAUGCUUGGACGUUUCGUGAGUCCCGCGUUCGAGGCGGCGGCGCCGGUGUUGGCGCGGCGGAUGCGCGAGCACAAGCUCGAAAACUGCGGUUGCCUCGGGAUCGACGUCGUGUUCGACGACGCGGGGACGCCGGCGGUGGUGGACGCCAAGCUGAUGUUCGGGAGCGACUUCGUCGGGGGCAAAUAA